AUGGACCCCUUUCAGGGCCCCCCCGGGGGGGUUCCCGUAGGACCCCAGUCAUUUGAGUCUCCAGGGUUGUGGGCGGCCCAAGCCCCAGGGGGCGGCCUCGAGGGGCUGAUAAUAUCUGCUGCGCGGCGCAAAGACGCAGCAGCCUUCAUGUCUCUGUGCCGCUCGCUGGCCAGCAGCAGAGGAGCAGCAGCAGCAGCAGCAGCACUGCAGCAAGUUUUCGCGCUGCACUGGGCCGCCUUUUUAGGGUCUGAGGCCCUCAUAACGCACUUGGUUGCGGACUUGGGUUGUUCCCCCUCCCAGCAGGAAGUGGCAUCUUUGGAAACCCCAAUUUACUUCGCAAUUAAGGCCGGCAACUUUUUGGCUGUGCGCUGCCUCUUGGCUUUGGGGGGGGGUUCGCUGCUGCAGCACCAGGGAGUAUCUCUAGAGGAGCAAGACGAGACUGGGCAGACGGCGCUGAUGUGGGCAGCCCGGCGAGGGUCUUUGCCGAUAAUUCAGUGGCUGCUGUCGAAGGGGGCGAACCUGAACCACCGAGACCACCUGGGAGCCACGGUGCUGCAUGCAUGCGUCUGCGGAGCUGCAGCAGAAGAGUGUUUGCUGUUUUUGUGUCUCAAGGGGGGUUUGCUGCUGCUGGGGGCCCCCUACUGGCCGCCGGGGGGCCCCCCUGCUGCUUCAGUACCCUCUUUGUGUUUGGCCCGCCGCAUGCAUCUUCUUGCGGGGCUUCUUUGGGCUUAUCAACUUCAGUUUAAGUUCUUCAAAAAGACUAAUUAUGUCAAGUCCAUUUACGCGGUCCUUUACUGGCUGCUGUCUUCCUCCACGCUGCUGCUGCUGCUCUCCAUGGCCGCCUUCCUCACCAGCAGCAGCAGCAGCAGCAGCAGCAGCAGCAGCAGCAGCAGCAGCAGCUUGCUGCAGGCGCUGCUCGCACUCGCUCUCUGGGCAGCAACGCAGGCCCUCUGGAUCGCCACUUUUGCUGCCGAUCCCGGGAUCGUCCCCGGCAGCCGCAACAGAAUCAAAGACCAGUUCGCCUCCGUAGACCCGCGUUUCACCAGAGAAGUUUUGACUACCAUUCGGUGGCCGAUGGGACCCUCCUACGGGCCCUAUCACUCUAGGCUUGAAGAAAUCGAUCGGAAGACGCUGCUGACGAAUCUUUCGCUGUGCGAGCUGAACGCCUCCGUGCGGCUGCGGGGUUUGGCCGAGGGUUUGGGAGAAGAGGGGGUUUACGUGACAGCAGCAGAAGACGCGGAGUUUGCUGCAGCAGCAGCAGCACUUGCUGCGCUGCGGGCAGCAGCAGCGCAGCUGCAGCAGGGCCUUGCUGCUGAGCGCCAGAAGCGGCUCAGCCAGCUGCGGCAGGACCACCACUGCAUGUGGGUGGACAACUGCAUUGCUGCUGGAAACACUCGCCAGUUUGUUUGCUUUUUGACUUUCUUGUCUCUUUCAAUUGUCUCCUUUUCUUCGCUCGCCUGGCAGUACGCCGCCCAGGCCAUCACCCAGCCGUCGCAAUGGCUGUGGCUGCUGCUGACUCUGGCCCUGGGGGCCUCCAACCUCGCGUGGCUUUUCUUUGCUGUUUAUUUACUCCUCCGUACUGGCCGCAGCAUUCUCUCCAAUGUGACUUACUUCGAAUUCCUCAAGAAGCCGCCGCAUAUCGUGCGGCGUUUCAAAGGAAGAACAGAAGGAUGGUUGUGGGAUCUUACGGGCGUCUCGUUACCCACCAUGAUAAAGGAGCAGCUUGCAGCAGCAGCAGCAGCUUGCAGCAGCAGCAGCAGCAGCAGCAGCUUGCAGCAGCAGCAGCAGCAGCAGCAGCUUGCAGCAGCAGCAGCAGCAAGUGCAGCAGGAGCAGCAGUUGCUGCCUCUGCGUCAACGCCCUCCUUCAUUUUCCGUCCUACUCUCUAG